CAUCAUGGCCAUGUCUGGAGCAACCAUCGGGAGAGGUCCAGAGCCCGACAGCUCGGAAGAGGAGCGGGAAGGGGGGCUUGCGCCCCAGCCGUGCUAUGGGCAGGGUCUGUGGGUGCCCCAGGGAAGCGAAGCAGCCGCUUGCCUAGGGGACACUGAAGGGAUGAAGGUGAGGAAGAGGAGCAGGCCAGUGCGCUCCAAGGCUAGGAGGAUGGCUGCCAACAUCAGGGAGCGCAAGAGGAUCCUGGACUACAACCAAGCCUUCAAUGCCCUGCGGAUGGCCCUCAAACAUGACCUCGGUGGCAAAAGGCUUUCCAAAAUCGCUACCCUCCGGCGAGCCAUCAACAGGAUCACGGCUCUGUCCCUCUCCUUGCACAGUGCUGGGCGCUGCUGGCCCUGCACCCACUCCGAGUGCCGUGGCCGGGCUGGGGUCCCCGCGCGGGUGACAGGGAUGAAGACCAGCGGAUCCCCACUCCCCUGGGAGCCUGGAUAUGUGGGCACUGCCAGCUUGCAGUACUGCCCUCCAUCCCCUCUCUACACCACAUUUUCACCUGACAGGCAGCUCCAUCACCACGAGAGCCCAAAAGAGGAUCACUCCAUUCCCAGCCCUGCCUAUUGUUCUGGUGGGACCCAGCCGCCAGGGCUCCGAGGCCAGCAGAGAUACACAGGCAGCCUGCGAGACCCCUUGUUCGGAGCAGUGCCCUGGCAGCUGGGAUAUUGCCAGAGCUGGGAACACCAGCAGUGCUUCCCUAUCCACUGA